UCCACCUCUAUUCUGAAACGCGCUCGGUACGUUUUGUGGAAACAAAAGAUAACUUAAUAAACGCGAAGUAAUAGCAUGUCCGAGGAUGAUGCAGGCGUGCAUCGCUUGGAGGGCACCUCUGGCCAGGAGCAGCGUGGCGGCCUGGUGCUCAAAAAGCCCAAAGACAGCGACAAUAAGAGCCCCAGCUUUAAGGUGCCGAAAGGUUCGGUUCUGGGCCUAGACAAGCUAGCGGCCAAGCGACGUGCUGAAAAAGCGCGCCUGAUCUCCUUUCAGGACAAUGAGUACGAUGACGGCGGUACACCUUCUAGCUCAGCCAACGCCUCUACGCCCGUCAGCGAAUUUGCCUUCAAGAAGCCCGACACGAAGAGCUUCGAGAAGCUCAGCCGGCAGCUACGCGAGCACAAAGACGAGACGCCAUCGUACACGGGCGGCGUCUCUGAGAAGGCCAGAGAGCGGCUGCGCGAGCACAUCCAAAGGGAUCGGGAUCGCCAUAAAGGCGCUGUUCGUAAAUCGACGCGCGAUGACUCAGAUGGCAAGCGGGAUCGCGACAGGGUGAGAGACAGAGACAGAGAUAGAGAGCGUGAGCGGGAUAGACAGCGUCGCGGCGAUGAGAGGCGCAAGCGAGCACGAGAACAGGACCAGGAGCUCUACAAAGAUGGCAGACGAAGAGAUAGGGACCGAGAUCGAGAUCGCAACCGAGAUCGCUCGGCGUCGGUGCGCAGCGUGAACACACCUAGAGAGCCUGGUACACCAGGUGGAGGUGUCUCCGGCAGCUCCUGGGAUGAUGACGAUGGCGAGACCAGCAGCGGACGCAAAUCCGACUGGGACUUCCCCACACCACGCGGCGCUGGCUCCGGCUAUGGCAGUAGCUCCAGUUUCGGCGAUAGGUCCGUGCGAGACAGCAGUCGCAGCCGGUAUGCCGAUGACACGACCCGUGCCACGCCCGCACAUCGUUACAAUCAGUGGGCGCACGAUCGCAAGCGAAGCGGCGCAACGCCCUGGGCCGAAGAUGCCGAGCUGCGUGAUAUGUGGGAAGAGGAGCAGCGACGCCUCGACCGUGAAUGGUAUAACAUAGACGAGGGCUACGAUGACGAGAACAAUCCGUUUGGCGGCAGCAAUGCCGAUUACUUUCGACGUCGCGAAGAGCAGCUGGAGCAGAAGCGCAAGAAGCGCAUCAGCGCCCAGCAGCGGCAGAACAAUCGUGACAACGAGCUGUGGGAGCGUAAUCGCAUGUUAACCUCCGGCGUUGUCACCUCCAUAAAUGUGAGCGAUGACUUCGAUGAGGAGGCGCUGGAGCGAGUGCAUUUGCUGGUGCAUCAUAUAGUGCCACCGUUUCUGGACGGCCGCAUCGUGUUCACCAAGCAGCCGGAACCGGUGGUGCCCGUCAAGGAUCCCACCUCGGAUAUGGCUCUGCUGGCACGAAAGGGCAGCCUGCUGGUGCGCAACUUUCGGGAGCAAAAGGAGCGCCGCAAGGCCCAGAAGAAACACUGGGACCUGGGCGGCACCAAGCUGGGCAACAUUAUGGGCGUGCAGCGGCCGCAGGACGAGGACGAUGCCAAAUUCGACAAGGACAACGACACUGCCGAUUAUCGCAAGGAUCAGAAGUUCGCCGAUCACAUGCGCGACAUGCAGGACAACAAGGGCAAAAGCGACUUCUCGCGCAAGAAAACAAUCGGCGAACAGCGUCGCUUCCUGCCCGUCUUCGCCUCACGCCAGGAGCUGCUCAAUGUUAUACGCGAGAACUCUGUGGUCAUUAUUGUGGGUGAAACAGGCAGCGGCAAGACCACACAGCUCACCCAGUAUUUGCACGAGGAUGGCUACAGCAAGCGUGGCAUGAUCGGCUGCACCCAGCCGCGUCGUGUUGCCGCCAUGUCGGUGGCCAAACGCGUCUCCGACGAGAUGGGCACCCAGCUGGGCGAGGAUGUCGGCUAUGCUAUACGAUUCGAGGACUGCACGUCCGAGCGCACCGUUAUCAAGUACAUGACCGAUGGCAUCUUGUUGCGCGAGAGCCUGCGCGAUCCGGACCUGGACAGCUAUUCGGCUAUCAUUAUGGACGAGGCGCACGAGCGUUCGCUCUCAACGGACGUGCUCUUCGGAUUGCUGCGUGAGAUUGUGGCACGGCGUCAUGACCUGAAACUGAUUGUCACAUCCGCCACCAUGGACUCGACCAAGUUUGCCACGUUCUUCGGCAAUGUGCCAACAUUCACCAUACCCGGCCGGACAUUUCCGGUGGAUGUGAUGUUCAGCAAGAAUGCGUGCGAGGAUUACGUGGAGUCGGCUGUGAAGCAGGCGCUCCAGGUGCACUUGACGCCGAAUGAGGGCGACAUGCUGAUCUUUAUGCCCGGCCAGGAGGACAUCGAGGUCACGUGCGAGGUGCUGGAGGAGCGUCUGAGCGAGAUCGAUAAUGCACCCCAGCUGAGCAUCUUGCCCAUCUACUCGCAGCUGCCGUCCGAUCUGCAGGCGAAGAUCUUUCAAAAGUCCGCUGAUGGCGUACGCAAAUGCGUGGUGGCCACCAAUAUAGCGGAGACAUCGCUGACGGUGGACGGCAUCAUCUAUGUCAUUGACUCCGGCUACUGCAAGCUGAAGGUCUACAAUCCGCGCAUUGGCAUGGACGCCCUGCAAAUCUAUCCCAUUUCGCAGGCGAAUGCCAAUCAGCGUUCGGGUCGUGCCGGACGUACAGGUCCUGGCCAGGCUUUCCGCCUCUACACACAGCGCCAGUACAAGGACGAAUUGCUGCCGCUGACCGUGCCCGAAAUCCAGCGCACCAAUCUGGCCAAUACGGUGCUGCUGCUCAAAUCCCUGGGCGUGGUCGAUCUGCUGCAGUUCCAUUUCAUGGAUCCCCCGCCGCAGGACAACAUCCUGAACUCCCUGUACCAGCUGUGGAUAUUGGGCGCACUGGAUCACACAGGUGCCUUGACCACGCUGGGCCGACAAAUGGCCGAGUUCCCACUGGAUCCGCCCCAGUGUCAGAUGCUCAUCGUGGCCUGCCAAAUGGAGUGCAGCGCCGAGGUGCUAAUCAUUGUAUCCAUGCUAUCCGUGCCAUCCAUAUUCUAUCGCCCCAAGGGACGGGAGGAGGAGGCGGAUGGCGUGCGUGAGAAGUUCCAGGUGCCCGAAUCGGAUCACUUGACCUACCUCAAUGUCUAUCUGCAGUGGAAGCAGAACAGCUAUAGCUCCACGUGGUGCAACGAGCACUUCAUACACAUUAAGGCCAUGCGCAAGGUGCGCGAGGUGCGCCAGCAGCUGAAGGACAUUAUGACACAGCAGAAGAUGAACGUCAAGUCGUGCGGCACCGAUUGGGACAUUGUGCGCAAGUGCAUCUGCUCCGCCUACUUCUAUCAGGCGGCACGGCUCAAGGGCAUCGGCGAGUAUGUGAAUCUGCGCACGGGCAUGCCCUGCCAUUUGCAUCCCACAUCGGCACUGUACGGGCUGGGCACCACACCCGACUAUGUCGUCUACCAUGAGCUGAUCAUGACCGCCAAGGAGUAUAUGCAGUGCGCCACCGCUGUCGAUGGCUACUGGCUGGCGGAGCUCGGUCCGAUGUUCUUCUCGGUGAAGGAGACGGGACGCAGCGGACGCGACAAAAAGAAACUGGCCGCCGAGCAUCUCAAGGAGAUGGAGGAGCAAAUGUUGCAGGCCCAGCACGAGAUGGAGGAGCGCAAACAGCUGGCCGCCCAGCGUGAGGAGCAGCUGGCGGGCAAGCAGGAGAUCGCAACGCCAGGCAAUGCAACGCCACGCCGCACGCCCGCUCGCAUCGGCCUCUAAAAAUCAACAAUAAUAAUAAUUAAUACUUUUUAUUGCU